AUGGAGGACGAAGAAGGGAAAGGACUCGGCAUGGCGACGGACUCGAGUGCAGCGCGCGACGGCCGGCGCGACCAACCGCAUGCAGCUUCGGGCCGAGACACGAGUCGCGCGUCGACGCCCGAGAUGUCGAAUGCGGCCGUAGCGCUGGCCGAUCUGGACGCGCAAGCGCAUGAUGCCGUGGCGCUCACGAUGCUAGAUAUCGUGGCGUCGCUCCCAGCGUCGUCGCAGCUGCGCCACGCCUACAUCAACGUUGCAUGA